GUCGAGUAAAAGGUUCAGCUACUCACCCAGCUGAGUAACCCACUGAGCAAGUGAGCCGAGUAUUGAGCGAGUAGUGCGCAGCCUAGUGAGGGCUCAGGAUCAGAUCCGGAUACGAUCCGCCGAACACUGAAUGAUGCCAGGAAAGGCCAGUAGCUCCGGCAGCACCCCCAAAAACUGGCCCUCUCACAUCCCCUACCUCAAAACACCAGCCUAUUCCCGCACCCUUAGCCCUAUCCAACUGAAAGCCCUCCGCACACGCACGUCAACAGCUCAAGACACACCUCAAACGGCUCCAGGGCCAUGUCCCCUCGUGCGCAUUACACCAAUAGCCAAUCCGUCACAUCCCGCAAAUGGACAGAGCGGGUUGUUUGCUGCAAAAGAUCUUCCCCCAGGCUCCUUCGUCCUGCCCUACGUUGGGGAAGUUCACGGCAAGGGAGCGGCGCACGAGGCGAGCGAUUAUGACCUGAGUCUUGAUCGAGACACCGAACUGGCGGUAGAUGCGGCACGAUGUGGGAACGAAGCUAGGUUUGUGAAUGACUACCGCGGGGUGCCGGGUGUAGUAAAGCCAAAUGCGGAGUUUCGAGAAGGGUGGGGUGGGAAAGAGCGAGCGAUGGGGGUUUGGGUAUUGCCAGCUGGGAAGGCGGGCAAAGGGAAGGGGAUUAAGAAGGGGGAAGAAAUUUUGGUGAGCUAUGGGAGAGGAUUUUGGGGGGCGAGGAAGGAGGUAGAUGAAGGAGAUGGUGGAGGCGAGCAGGUGGCUGGACAUUGACGCUGAGGACUGCUCGUGACUGAGCUAUAAUCCACCCAAACGAUCGUGUCGCUGCUUGGUUUGAGCAAAGUGGGCGUUCAAGGAGCUAACCCCCCCCAACAAAGCUUUGAUAUCGAGUAUUGCUGGGCAGACCGACUGGAUGUUGCUGUUCCUAGAAACCCCCGUCGACGACGGUCUGCCAUCACAAUCAAGAAGUCCCACCAGAUCGACUGAUUCGGGGAAGAGUUGAGCAGGCUGCGCUAAGAAGCCGGGAGAACAGUUGCUCCAAAGCCAAAGGACUACGGUUAUAUGAUGAGAAUAGGGGAAGGCGAAAAGAACUGGGAGACUGGGGG